AAUUUCUGGGAGUUUUCUCCUUACUGUUGGCAACACCUCAACUCCACUAACAGACCGCAGGUUGGCAAAUCCGGUUCCGUUUACGAUCUCUUUGAGUGACCGAGCAAGAUGCCUCCAAAGAAGGAUUCGAAGUCGUCGGCUAAACAGCCCCAGAAAACCCAAAAGAAGAAGGAGGGAUCCGGUGGCGGUAAAGCCAAGAAGAAGAAGUGGUCCAAAGGAAAGGUGCGCGACAAGUUGAACAACCAGGUGUUGUUCGAUAAGGCUACCUACGACAAAUUGUACAAGGAAGUGCCUUCCUACAAACUGAUCACUCCCUCAGUUGUAUCUGAAAGGUUGAAGGUGAGGGGGUCCCUGGCCAGGCGGGCUCUCAUUGAAUUGCAACAGAAGGGUCUAAUUAAGCAAGUCGUGCAACAUAGGGCGCAACUUAUCUACACCAGGACGACAAAGGGAGACGACCCAGUUGCCUAGGUUCAGAGGUGUGUAAAAAUAUAAUGGAAAAAUAG